CGCCAGGGAAGCCCCGCGUCCUGGAACCUCGCAGGCCUCUGAACCGCCGGCCCUGGGCGGCCCCGGGGGAGCACCCGGCUCCCGGUCCCCAGGGGCGGGCCGGGAAGUAAACAGAAACCCAGAGCCAUGGCCGCAGCGCAGCCCGCCCUCACAACCCGUUCCCUCACCCUGCCCUGGGCCUGACGCCGGGGCCUGGGACACCGAGGGGCUGGGACCCAGCGCAGAGCUGAGGGCCCCCGGACUCUGGAGGGAUGGGGGCGAGAAUGUCCGGGUCCCCCAAACAUGGGGACCCCGCAUGGGAAACCCGGAAAGGGAGGGCAACAGAAGUCAGGACCUCUGAGGACUAAAGAGGGGUGUGGCCGAACAGCUGGGACAGAACCCCCCACCCCCAAACUAGGAGAAGGGGAGGGGUCCGGGACCUGGGCUUCCGGAUGGGGAAGGGCUGGACUCCUCCUGAGUCCCGAGUCCCUAAGAGCCUGGCUUCUGGGGAGACGGACAGAGUUUCCCCAAAUUGCCAGGGGCUGGGAGCCAGAAGAGCAGGUGCUGGGAAGAUGGGGGCAGGGGCUCUGGGGCAGGGGCAGCCUGGGGUGCUGGAGCCCUGGGACAAGAUUUCCUGGGGUCAGAGGAUGGCUGGCAGAGGCAGAAGGCAAGCAGGCUCCUUUCCUGCUUCCUGCCUCAGUUUACCCUGGGGACAUUAACGGAGCUGGGCCACCAAGACCCAGAUCAUUAACCUUUUGUAGCCUGGGGAGGCCCUGUCGGUGGCACCUGGAGGGCUGCUGGGUGGGCAGGUAGAGGGGGAGGGCCAGGUCUUGGCCUGCUGGGCUCAGAGCCCGGCACCCUGCAGCCACCUGUCUCCACAGACGCUGCAGUCACUAUGAGCUCCCCGGAUGGGCCGAGCUUCCCGUCGGGGCUGCUCUCAGGGGGCGCCUCCCCCAGCGGGGAUGAGGGCUUCUUCCCCUUCGUGCUGGAGAGGCGGGACUCCUUCCUGGGAGGGGGCCCAGGGCCCGAGGAGCCCGAGGACCUGGCCCUGCAGCUGCAGCAGAAGGAGAAGGACCUGCUGCUGGCUGCCGAGCUGGGCAAGAUGCUUCUGGAGCGCAACGAGGAGCUGCGGCGGCAGCUGGAGAUGCUGAGCACCCAGCAUUCUGAGCGCGAGGAGCAGCUGCAGCAGGAGAACCAUGAGCUCCGCCGGGGCCUGGCAGCCCGGGGGGCCGAGUGGGAGGCCAGGGCUGUGGAGCUGGAGGGGGACGUGGAGGCCCUGCGGGCCCAGCUCGGGGAGCAGCGCUCGGAGCAGCGGGACAGCGGGCGUGAGAGGGCCCGGGCCCUCGGGGAGCUCAGCGAGCAGAACCUCCGUCUCAGCCAGCAGCUGGCCCAGGCCUCUCAGAUGGAGCAGGAGCUUCAGAGGGAACUGGAUGUCCUUCGGGGCCAGUGCCAAGCUCAGGCCCUGGCCGGGGCCGAGCUGCGGACACGGCUGGAGAGCCUGCAGGGGGAGAACCAGAUGCUGCAGAGCCGGCGGCAGGACCUGGAGGCCCAGAUCCGGGGUCUGCGUGAGGAGGCAGAGAAGAGCGAGGGCAGGCUCCGGGCCACUCACGAGGAGCUGAUGCUUCAGCGGAGGGAGCGGCGGGAGCAGACCCUGGAGCUGGAACGCGCGCGCUCCGAAGCCGGCGAGGCCUUGAGCGCGCUGCGGAGGCUGCAGCGGCGCGUCUCGGAGCUGGAAGAGGAGUCGCGCCUCCAGGACGCCGACGUGUCGGGCGCCUCCCUGCAGUCGGAGCUUGCCCACAGCCUCGACGGAGACCAGGACGCGGACCGACGCGUAGACGCGCAGAGCGCACUGCAGCGAGCAGAGCUGCGGUUCCUGCGGGAAGAGCUGCAAAAGCAAAAGGAGCUGCGCGCGCAGGACUCCGAAGCAGCCCUGAGCUGCGCCCUCUCGGACCGGGACGAAGCUGUGAACAAGGCCCUGGAGCUGUCCCUGGAGCUGAGCCGCGUGUCGCUGGAGCGGGACUCCCUGUCCCGGGAGCUGCUGCGCGCCAUCCGCCAGAAGGUGGCGCUGACGCAGGAGCUGGAGGCCUGGCAGGACGACAUGCAGGUGGUGAUCGGGCAGCAGCUGCGCUCACAGCGCCAGAAGGAGCUGAGCGCCGCCGGGGCCACGCCACGCCGCGCCGGCCCUCGCUUCUCGCUGCGCCUGGGCCCCGGGCCUGCCGGCGGCUUCCUCAGCAACCUCUUCCGAAGCCGAAGGACCUGAGGGCCAUGUGGGCUCAGUUUCCUCUUCUAGCCAAUGGAGCCGCAGAGCCCAGAUCGUCUCCCUAGGGUGGCUGGUGCCCUCCCCGUUUCGGGGGGCGGCCGGGCAGAGGCUCAUGGGGAGCAGGGACCGGCUUUGGGGCCACGGCCCGAGAUGGGUGGCGGGGCAGGUGGGGCAGAGCUGUGUACUGGGCGAACCUAUAGGCUUAUCUUUUCUAAGGACUAGGCCCCAGGCCCUGGCAUGCCCCGGGGCAGGGUGAGGGUGGGGUAUUUAUGUCUCCAAACACAACAGAGUAAUAUAUAAAUCGCUACACCAACUUGGCCUCCAUUCUUGGAUAGAAUGCACAUGGAAGAAAA